CAAAUUGUCGGUCUGUCGAGCGCUCCCAAUAUAACACAAUAUUCUGGAUUCUUGACCGUCAAUAAGAAGUAUAACAGCAAUAUAUUCUUCUGGUAUUUUCCGGCACUCAAUAAAGACAAAAAGGCGCCGCUAUUGCUAUGGCUUCAGGGAGGACCGGGAGGUACAUCACUGUUUGGUUUGUUCAAUGAGCAUGGUCCAUUUGUGCUUAACAAGAAUCUAAAGGCAACACUCCGUGAAUACUCUUGGAAUCAGGAGUUCUCUGUCGUAUACAUUGAUAAUCCGGUCGGAACUGGAUUUAGCUUCACUGACAACGACGCCGGUUAUGCUAAGGAUGAGACAGACGUGGCUCGCGAUCUAUACGAAGCUAUCCAACAGUUUCUCACUUUAUUCCCUAAUGAAAGACUAAAUGAUUUCUAUAUAACCGGAGAGUCAUAUGCGGGUAAAUACGUGCCGGCGAUCGCCUAUAAGAUCCACUCUGAAGGCAACGCGUCUAACAUA